UGUGUGUGUGUGUGUGUACGUGUGUGAUUCUUUUGUUUAUUUAAUUCGUGGAGCAACGUGGAUGUGAAGUGAUGCCAGUGGACUGUCAAAAUGAACCCAUGGGACAAAGUUGUAGGAGAUGACAAUAGGAUUAUGUCAGUGUUUUUGUUAAUUCCUGCAAUUUUGGGUAUAGCGGCGGCAUGGAGUGUCCAACGAUGGUGGAGUAAUACGCUACCUCUACAUUCACAGGCUGUCAGUCGUCGAAGAAAAAUCGUUCGAGAUCCAGCAGCUGGACGUCGGCCACCAGUACUGCCGCUAAUUAAAGGAACCAUAUCAAGAUCUGAAGAGUCCUCAGUGAUGCCUAGUGGAAGAAGAAAUAUCAGUAAAGCAAGUUCUAAUAAGUUACCAGCACAACCACCUAACUUGUUCUUAAAUGAUGAAACGCAUAAACUGAAAACACUUGGGCAGGCAGAUAAUGCUACUUCAAGAGUCAUAUCACCAAAGCACAUUCCAGUCCCAAGUAUCCCUCAGGAAGGCAAUUUUAAAUUUGAGAUCACCAUGUUUGUCUUCACGGUAAUGACCUCUUUUCUGCAGUUUAUCCAUCUCUAUCGAAGUGUUUGGUGGUUACCCCAGUCAUAUACAAGAUACACAGUGAACUUUUACCUGAUUGAUCCAUAUGUGGUUGGCUUCAUUGCAACUAUUUUGGGUCGGCGGUUGGUGUAUUGUGGUUUGUCCCAGAUUUUAAAGAGGUGGAGCCCUGUAUCAUUGUUGCCAAUUCUGGAGCAGCUCCUCAGGUUGUUGCUGUUGGGGCUUGUCCUUGCUUCUUUGGUAUGGUGCACUUACCAUAUCAUGCAGAAUCAUCCGAUUGUAAAUAUAUUUUAUCUGUGUUAUCCAAUAUCUGUCUACUUUAUAUUAUUUGGUUUGAGUAUCAGUCCAUUCUUUGAUGUGAUGUCCCUGCCUCCACUUUUGAAAGAGGAAUGCAAAGGGAGAACUGUCACUUUGAAACCGUUGCAUAAUUGUUCAAUGUCUCCACAAGCAAUUCGAGAAGAAGUUGAAGUCCUGAAAACAGAUUUUAAUAACCGAAUGAAACAGAUUCUCUUCAGUUCAGUUUUGAAUGCUUAUUAUGCUGGUUUUGUGCCAUGCUGCUUCGCACAGAGCUUCCUGUACUAUGAUGUGUACUGGGCAACGCAGCACUUAGUAUGUGUUUGGGUCGAGUGUUUCACAAUGUAUAUCGUGCAUUGUUACCCAGUCAAAUAUUGUGAUGUUCUGCAUCGUGCAGCAUUACAUUUAGGACGUUGGGCCAAAAUUGAAGGUCGGACUUCCCACAUACCAACUCACAUGUGGGCUGAUUCUAUGCUUUGGCACCAGGGGGCACUUGUGAAACACUGCAGAGAAUUCUACAAAGCAGAAGGAAUUUCAAAUGCAGCUGAACCAGGAAAUCAGGCUCAUGCCAGAUUUUAUUGGGUGAAGAACUUCAGGACAGCUGGAUCUGUGAGACUGGGUACAGCUCGGGGAGGCGAUCGAACCGUCAGGACUCUGGAACACAUUGAAUGAGUUUGACAAGGUGUGGAGACCUGUCCCUGUCGGUCAGCGGUAUGAUACGCUCAUGCUCUACGGAUGUCAGAGAGGUCAGUUCGCCGAAUUUUACACUCUGACCUUCACCAUCACCCGCACAAAAUCAAGGUGGUUCAAGAACUGCAGCAGAACGAUUUCAUACAGAGGUUUACAUUUGCUGAAAGAAUGCUGGAAGUGCUGAGGGGUGACACUGUUCUCAUCAUGAGUGAUGAGGGCAUUUUCACUUGACAGGACACAUCAGUAAACAAAAUUUCUGGUACUGGUUGGCAAACAAUCCCCAAGUAUUCCAUCAAAGACUCCUAUAUUGCAAUCUAGCCACUGUGUGGUGCAGAAUUUCCCGAUUCGGCAUAAUUGGGCCUUACUUUUUCAUGGAAGGCGGACACACCGUAACAGUAAAGUCACAAUGUUACGUGACAGUGUUGUGCAAGUUCUUACUGCCUGAAUUGUGAAGAUGUCGCAUCGACCUCACUACAGUUUGGUUUCAGCAAGAUGGGGCUACUUGCCAUACCUCAAGAGAAUCAGUGGCCUUGUUGAGAGAACAUUUUCCUGGGCACCUCAUUUCAAAGCGUGGGGAUGUGGAGUGGGCCUCUCAAUCCCCAGAUCUUUUGGCAUGCCAUUACUUUUUAUGGGGCUACCGGGAAGCUAAGGUUUACAUCGACAAACCACCCACUCCUGGGGCCCUUUCAGACGCCAUCACCGAAGAAAUUCGAGCAAUUCCACUUGCUAUGCUUCAGAGAACUAUGAACAACUUUUCCGCUCAUCUGCAACAAUGCUUGAACAAUAACAGCCGCCAUUUGCAUGAUAUUUUCCGAAAAUGAAUUAAAAUUUUCUUAUUUUUUGUUACAGCAUCUUAAAUGGCAUUAUACAUGUACUUUUUAAAAACAUUAAAAUUUGCUAGUUGUCAAAAAAUAAGUGUACUAGUUUUCUGAAAACCAUCACUUCUCCCUGCCGGACCAUUAGUCAUCAGUCAGUCAUCACCAUCAUUAAGAAAGUACUCAAAGGAACAUGUGCAAUUAUACUCACAGUGGUGGUUAUGAAGAGUUCUCUCAUCUGGGAUAUAACACCCUGCAGUCUGUUGAAACAAAGUCAGCUGAUGUUUUGGAGGAGAAUGUCACCUCCAUUUUUGGUGUGAAGCAAGUGACAAGCAGAGCUGACAGCAGACCUAAUAGGGCUCUGCUUGCCACUUGCUUCAUGCUGGUAUCUUGUUUCACCUAUUUUUCGACCCAAAAAAGAAGGCGACAUUCUCCUCGGAAAUGUCGGUUGACUUUCACUGGACUACACAUUAUUUCUCACAAAGUAGAACUCUUCACAGUAACAUUUCUUCAUAUCCUUGUUUUCCCCUCCUACUCUUCCUCAUCAUCAUCAUAUCUUCCCCCUCCCCUUCAUCAUCCUCUUCAGCUAUGUGUUUUUGGCCAAAAGUAUGUUGCAUUCCAAGAGGAAACUACCUUAUAUGGGUACCUAGCGACAUUAGUUCAAAAUGCACAUGGUUUUAGUAUAGAUUAUAAUGUGAAUUGGUUGAGGAGGUUUGUGAAAUUGUAUACCUGAACUCCAGUCGUUAUCGGUUUGUGACCAAGUAUUGUACAGGUAUUUCCUGACUUACACCAUAAUUGCAUUCUCAGUAGUGGUUUGUAACUCAGAAUCACAUAAC